UGUCUUUAUCUCCCCGCGCACUGCGGGUGGCCUGCCGGGCAUCUUAGGAUGUGUGCUGCAGCGAUGGGGAACGCAAGAGAAGAUGAGACCUACUUCCAGAGGAGCAGUCUGUUCUGGGUUACUGUCAUCAUCUUCUCUUUUGGCUAUUACACAUGGAUGGUCUUCUGGCCUGAGAGUAUUCCUUAUCAGAGCCUGGGACCCCUGGGCUCCUUCACUCAGUACUUACUGAAGCAUCAUCACACCCUCGUGCAUGGUGGGUAUUGGCUUUCCUGGAUGAUUCACGUAGGAGAGUCCUUGUUUGCCAUUGUAUUGUGCAAGUCGAAAGGCAUCACAGACGCCGGGACCCAGCUGCUGUGGUUCCUACAGACGUUCCUUUUCGGGAUGGCGUCUCUCUAUUACUUGAUUGCUUUUAGACCAAAACGCCAAAAACAAACUUAAAAAAGAUAUCCAGAAAAACUGAAUCACUUUAUUGUACACUUGAAACUAAUAUAAUAUUUUUAACCAACUAUACUUCAAUUUAAAAAAAAAAAGAGAUAGAAAAUAUAGCAUAUAAAGUUCCUAGGGGGAGAAAAGAAGAUAUUCAAAAGCUUUCUCUAUACUUUGAUAUUCAGCCUCAUCUUUUUUGAGGGGUGCUAUGUUUACUUGAUCUUCCUACUUUCUAGAAAGUUAAGGCCCUCGAGUUAUUCAUGAUCCCUUCGUCCGCUCUAGUUAAAGUUAAGUAGAUCGUAGGAAAAGAUUUUAGCUUUCCAAUUACACAGACUAACGUAUUUGGCAGAGCGCUCCCAAGGACCUUCCUGCGGUCCUUGGCUGCACUGACAUUCUCCCUGUCACCUGCUUUAAGCCACAGACUAAGUUUGGGAUACCUUUGCUCACACCUUCUGAUUAAAACACCUUACCCUUAGCACCACCAUCUUAUCAGCUCUCCUUUCCUCCAAUUUUCUUCUACCCACUUGGUCCAAAAUAGAGUGAGGCCUCCACAGCACAUCAAUUCCACCCACAGUUAUUAGACACCUGUGAGGCAGGAUCUUCUCCUCUCGGGCUUCCAUUUCACAUUACAGAGAAAGAUAAGACAAACAAGUGCCUGGAAUGGGGUGGGCUGAGCAGUGACACAGGAGACAUGCUAGGAAUCCAGAAGAAAGGACUGGAGAAUGCCUUUUUUGCCCUCCCAGCCCAAAGCAGUGUCUCCCUUCACUCGGGCCCUCAGACAUAGCGCUCUGUAGUGAGCAGGGUCUGACAGCCACUUUCAGGUCAGGACCGCAGCUGAGACAGCUGCUUUUUUAACCCUAACACCUGUCCCACUGCCUCACACAGUGUUUACUCUGAUUUCACUUUGCACUAGGUUCAGCAGCAUUCCAACUUUUAUCUGAAAACUGCAGGACCUGUUCAGUGUACACCUGUCUCAAGAGAAAAGCAGAGGACUGCCCUUGAUUCCCAUCUUUCUGUGGGUCUCCUUCAGUGUGGGAAACCUGUAUCUUUUCCACACUUUCCUAUCCUUAAUUAACUUUUCUCCAGACUCUGUAGAUGUGUCCUUCCCGUUCUGACUCACUCAGCCAUUCCUGUUCUAGAGAGUCUAGCUCAUGGUUCUCCAGCUAAUGACUACCUCACUCAUUCACCUGGCUAUCUCUUAUGACUACUAACUGGUUGGGGCAGAAGGGUUAUUGACUGUCACCUCUAGGAGAUCGUAGGGUUCCUUUCCUGAAGGCCCCCCUGCUUGCAGGUUCACUAGGAACUAGACCUUGCUUUUUUUCCAUGACACAGUAGGUCAUGUUAUUUGUUUUAAACUAAUAUUUGUGAGAAACAGAUCCCUCUGCCCGUUCCCCCCAAAAAAGAGGCUCCAAGUAAAACCACAGCCAUGAAAGAUGGUAGACUAUGAAUUGCUUUUGGUGGAGAGUGACUUCUGCACAAAAAUCCGGGUCUUUCCCACUGCUUCUUUUGUGAUUGAGGGAUUAUUAAUGGUUUCAAGGAUAAUAUGGCAGAUUACUAAAUAAAAUGUGAGUUGUAUCUCCAAUUAAA